CUCCUAUCUACGGAAUCCUCUUCCGCGUUAUUUUCCUGGAGAGAAUCAUUGGUCUAACUCAACAUAUACAUACGAUGGCUACAUUUCAGAGAUUUCGUCUAGUACCUCUACGGGACGAGAAGCUGGAUGAAAAGGACGACUGGUCUGGGCUCAAGGAUGCUAAGGAAAGGAGGAAAAGACAAAAUAGGCUCAACCAGCGGGCUGCUCGCCGGCGGCAGAGAUUGAAUCUUGCCCAGGAGCACGAAUCAGAGACGACAACAGCCGUGCUCCCAGCAGCUUCUGCAGGCGAGCGCGGGAAGCCUGUAGUCCCUUCUCAUCAAGUUUAUUUCCCGCUUACUCCCGAUCACAGACUGCUCUACGUCAUUGUUCUCAAUGUCUCUAGAGCAGUCAUUACAAACUUCUUCAUCCUAAGUAGCAUCUCGCCGAUAGCCUCCACGAUGUGCGACGUCCGCCGUACCUUUUCGCUUAGCGACCUUAAACUCGCUCCUCAAAAUCUUGAUGGCACUCCUGCUAUCCCCCCAGCAUUUACACCUACGAGACUCCAGGCGGAGAUUCCUCACCCAGGCUGGAUUGACCUUUUCCCAUCGCCUCAGCUGCGUGACAAUCUUAUCCUCGCGGUAGAGGAGUUUAAUGUUGAUGAGGACGAAAUACUACAAGACUUGAUUGGGGAUAUCUUCGCAAGCAUUGGUUGUACACCAGAUGACUUUCGUGCUUCACCAGAUGACAGUAAAUCGACGCCAGACAAGGAAUCGUCGCCAGUCGUCGAGUUGGAUGAUGAGAUUGAAGUUUCCACGCCGCCGCCUACAACAGUAGGAAUGACUCCAUUGCAAGAGUACCGGUUAAGGACCUUUACUCCUGCGAGCUCGAGUUCUACAGAGCUCGGCAUUCUCUCAUGGUCAGAUCCAUGGGACAUAUCCGGGUGGGAGUUUACGGAGAAGUUCUUUACCAAAUGGGGAUACUUGCUGCAAGGAUGCCCAGAUGUGCUCAACGCCGCCAAUAAAUGGAGGACGUUGCGUGGUGAAGAUCCUCUGGUCCCUGUAGAGAUCUAGCAAAGGGCUACAGUCGAAGGAGGACUGGGGAUAUGCCAUGGGUUAUGCGCAAUUGAAAUUAACAACAGGCGGUCUACAGGCGUUUUGGAGAUGAGGUGCUGAACAAACAGAACAACAAAUUACUCGUAUUUACAGAAACGAUAGAUUGCUCUCCUCUUAUUUUACGUAGCUGUCAGGAAACAAACGAUUUUCUCAUUUUUAGGUUCCAAAAUGACCGCUCCAUCAACUUGC